UACAAUCGCACAAAGGAAAAAAGAUAAAGAGCUUUUCAGUAGGAUUUAAGGUCCAAGCUAUUGAAUACCGGUACAGUAUGCUAAAGAGAACAGUAAGCAGCUAUGUUUUAUUAAUAUACCGUAGCUGCGUGUGUGAAAUACUGUAUAAGUCAUUAAAUGACUCCCGCCUCCUGGUGGUAGAGGGCGCUGCCGCGCUAGUGAUCCUUCUUGCGACUUCCGGUACUGCAGAAGAAGUGAACACACGCAGCAAGAGAUUUUUUUUCAGAUGGAGGAUUGCAUACCAGUAUCUAAAAUAAAACAGUUUUCUAAACUGGACUUUCAAUGGAAGCAGGAGGUAAUAAUUAAAGGAAUAUCUCCAUCGAAACAGAGACUUUUAAAACUGAAGAAAGAAAAUAAGGAAGACUUCUAUAAACAAGUUAUCGAUGCUUUUGGUCAGAAGGAGCUGCAAAUGGACUCCAUUUAUAAGUACAGUUUUCUAUGUGAAUCGUAUCAGAAGUGGGAGCUCUCAUGGGUUGCUAUGGAGACUGGGGCGGACCCAGUUUAGCUGUCCUAGUCGUGUUCUCAGAGACCAGUGGACCAAACAUCUGAGAGCUGCUCUCAGAACUCACAGUUCUUUGCGUCCUAGCAGAUUAUUGGUGUUUAUUAACCCGUUUGGAGGGAAGAAGCAAGGAAAAGACAUCUAUCAGUCUCUAGUCGCUCCUCUUUUUGAGCUGGCUGGCAUCAGCUGUCAUGCUAUAGUUACUGAGCAGGCAAACCAGGCUAGAGACCACUUGCUGAAGAAGGACCUGACAGGCUUUGACGGUGUGGUGUGUGUCGGCGGGGACGGCAUGUUCAGCGAGGUGCUCCACGGUAUGAUUGGACGAACGCAGCAAGAGGCUGGCCUCAGCGAGAACGAUCCCGGUGUUACAUUGCAGCCAUGUCCGCUUCACAUUGGUAUCAUCCCUGCAGGCUCCACAGACUGUGUGUGUUACGCCACUGUGGGAGUGAUCGACCCUAUCACUUCAGCAUUGCACAUCAUCAUUGGUGACUCUCAGCCUCUAGAUGUGUGCUCAGUGCAUCACGCCAACAUUCUGGUGCGCUACUCUGUGUCCCUGUUGGGUUAUGGCUUCUAUGGUGACGUGCUGGCAGAGAGUGAAAAACACCGCUGGAUGGGACCGCUCAGAUACGACUACGCUGGCACUAUGGUGUAUCUGAACAACAGGAGCUAUGCAGCCAUAGUUCAGUUUCUGCCAGCCGACCCGCUGCUUUCCAGCCCCAGGGACAAAACCCGCUGCCUCUCAGGGUGCAGUGUUUGUUCCAGGAGCACAGAGAGACUUUUCCCGCACUGUCUGGAUUCUAGCUCACUGUACAGCUCCCACCUCAGCCAAAUCAGUAGUGACUCAGAUGGUGACUGGGUGAGCGUGGAGGGGAAGUUCAGGUGUGUCUCUCUCGCUUGUAUGUCCUGCUCGUGUCCCAGAAGCCCACUCGGCCUCUCUCCAUCCGCUCACCUGGCGGACGGCACAGGCGACCUGAUCCUUGUGUGGGACAGUCAUCCACUGGCUUUCCUCAAGUACCUCUACAGGCAGACAAGCACACAAGACCGAUUUGAUAUGCCAUUUGUGGAAGUCCACCGUGUGAAGGCUGUUCGCUUCUCUGUGUCGUCCAACGAAGAAGAGGAAAAGUACAAGGAGGUACGAACGCCGAGUGAAGUAGAAGCAGCUGCUGCAGAAGAAGGAUAUGUGGAGGACUUAAGCAGGAGUGGAUCUCAGCAGCACCUGACAGAGAAACCCGCGGGACACCCGAAGGCAACGUGCACCCCUCUCUGCGGGCUGUGCUGCAGAAAAGCCCCACCUUUGUCCGUGUGGAACUGCGAUGGAGAGAUUCUGCCGUUUACCGAUAUCCUCUGCAGGAUUCACGGCCAGCUGGUGCGCCUGUACGCCAGAGGCAUCGAAGACGCGGCGGCCAUGCACGCCUGCAAAGAGGAAAUGGUGAAACGUGAGAGACAAUAAUGACUAAUGAGUGCGAUGAAGUGCCCGGAGAGGAAAGAGGAAGCGACACGUGAGCAUGAACGGGUGUUUGCCAAAUGUCAUUUCACUGCAAUUUUAAGAAUUUAUAUAAUAAACUAUUUUACAAAUGUGAACUUCUUGUUAUGCAUAUAAACAUACGAUACUCCCAUAUGUUUGUUUGCUAUAUUUAUGCAAAGUCGGUGUAAAAAAAUAAAGGUGAAUUGUUUCCUAUUGUUUUACAGGCCUGCACAAUUUGAUACGAUCCAAUACAAGAGUGACAUUUUUAAAUCGACAUUGUUAGAAUUGUAUUCAUAUCUAUAUAAAAGGUGAGCAGAACCCUCACAUUUCAGUAACCAUGUUUAUAACCGUACAGGUGCAGCUCAUUAAAUAUCAAUAUUAAUGCCAUGCAAAAGUGAUUUGAUUGUAGGUGUUGCA